AUGACAAAAAAGAACGAACAGAACCAUAUCCAACAGGGUGGCGGGAGUAAUAGUACAACUCCCACAUCGAUAACUAAUGUUACUAAUACAAACACAACAAGUGGAGUUGUUAUUGUUCAACAACAAUCAAUUACUGAACAACAACAUUUUCUAUUACCCACAGUGAAUAAUUCAGCUCCAAUGAUCAUAACGACUCCAUUAGCUGUACCUUCUAUGAUUACUCAAUUGCCAACCACGACUAAUCCUCUACAUCAAUCGAUAGCAACAGCAGCUACUACUACUACGUUUGUUCCACCUUCUUCGUCAGCUACUACAAUAACAACGACUGUACCAAAUACAUCAAUCCAAAAUAAAACUACGAAAUCACCUGGACAAGAUCGACUUGUUUGUAGUCUAUGUAAUAAAGUUUAUCGUUCAUCAGCCGGUCUAAGAUAUCAUAAAAGAAAACGACAUCGUGAUGAAGGUAUGCUUAAACCUACUCAAAUCCAUCGAGUGCGAUGUCUAGAAAAUGGAUGCGUAUAUCAAAUGUUAGCCAUAUCUGAUCUAAGAAAUCAUUUAGCUAAUCAUCACUUGAAGCCUGAAUAUAAAACAACUGAAGAGAAAAAAUUUAAUUCAUUUGCAGAAUUUACUGAAUGGAAAAGUUCAUUUGAACAAAGUAGUGGUUCAAAAUAUGUGAAAAAUUGUGGUUCAAAAGGCAAAUCUGAGAAUCAAACUACUGAAUAUUAUUAUUGCAAUCGAACGGGACUUUAUAAGCAAACACGGCAAGGAUGGCGCCGAAAUUCAAAACCUAUGGAUUCACUGCGUUGUGGGAUCCAUUGUACAUCAUCAAUGAAAGUUGACAUCAGUCGGAAUGAUCAAAUAUCCGUACAGUAUUAUCCAGCACAUUAUGGCCACACAGCUGAACCACCACUGCAAGCCCCAGCAACCGCUGUUAAUGGUAAUAAUACAUCUCUAUCCACGACCAAUGGUGAACUAGUGGAACAACCAUCUGUCCAACAGCAAACUAUUCCACCUAUUCAAACAGUUGUACAAGCAGCUGUACAACAAACACAAACAACAACCACUACUGAUCAUUGUGUUCGACUUCAGCAUCAGCAUCAUGCGCAAACGUCGAGUAUUAUUAUCAAUAUUGCGCCUGUGAAUACAACCAUCAUCAAAUGCGUGUAA